UGCUGCCGCUGCCGCUGUAACAUCGUCUUACUCAUCAUUGGUGCCUUCUGUUGCUGUGACUCCGAUGGCUCAGUCUCACCGGUUGAAGAAAGCUCCAUCAACGGAGUCCACAUCUGGAAAGUCUGACAGGAGCAUUUUUAAGGAGUAUGCAGUGUCCAGGCCUUCAAAUGCCAUCGAUAAUUCAUCUCAGCUAUCUGCAAUGAAGAACCAGCAUCCAAAUGGUGUUUCCCUUAGCAACAGUGAAGGUGUGUCAAAUGUAAAAAUCUUGAGUAAACCUACGGAUCACACGGGAAUGAAUAGCUCUGAGAGCACGCAUGGGCAAUCUAUGCUAUUGACAUAUGGAAAUGGAACAAAUUCUGAGAAGAAUGAUUUUGGCAGCUCCCAAAACAAGGGUUCAACUCAAUGGAAGACCAGUGGGAGUGUAGUUGGAAAUCAGCAGGGCAGGGUGGUUGGUGCUGCUGCAAGUCCUAGGAGAUAGAUUGGAUGAUGUCAUUACCUAACAAUGCUCGGAAUUUUACAUUGCUUGCAAUGACAUGAUGUGUUUUGUUAUGCUGAGUACUAAACAUUGCUUGCGAUGAUG